AUGGACCACCGGGCUCCAACCCUCCCAGGAGGCGAGGAGACCUUUGAAUACUGUGAUGUGGUCGUCAACAGCCAGGAGAAGGUUUCGGAUGUGUACACGCAGCUGGAGAAACUGGGAGAGGGAAAAUUUGGGACGGUGUACCGGCUGCAGGAAAAAGCCACCGGCAAAAUCCGGGCUGGGAAAUAUUUCCAGACGCGGACAGCUAAAGAGAAGCAGGGGGCUCAGGCUGGGGGGGAGCUCAUGAUCAUGAACCUGCUGCAUCACCCGCGCCUUGUGCAGUGCCUCGCCGCCUUCCAGGGCCCUGCCGAGCUGGUGAUGGUGAUGGAGUACGUGGCAGGCGGAGAGCUCUUUGAGCGCAUCGUGGAUGAUGACUUCGAGCACACGGAGCCCAGCAGUGCCCAGUAUGUGCGGCAGAUCCUGGAGGGGCUGCAGUUCAUGCACGGCCAGGCUGUCGUCCACCUUGACCUCAAACCCGAGAACAUCGUCUGUGUCAGCCCUGGAAGCCACUGGCUCAAGAUCAUCGACUUUGGGUUGGCACGGAAGCUGGCUCCGGGCACCCCCGUGAAGGUGUUGCACGGCACCCCUGAGUUCAUGGCUCCAGAAGUGGUCGCCUUUGAGCCCGUGGGCUUCUCCACGGACACGUGGAGCGUUGGUGUCAUCUGCUACAUCCUGCUGAGCGGGGAGUCCCCCUUCCAGGGGGACAAUGACAUGGAGACGCUGAGCAACAUCACAGCUGCCCAGUGGGACUUUGAGGAGGAGACCUUCUCGGAGAUCUCUCAGCAAGCCAAGGACUUCAUCAGCCAACUGCUGCAGAAGGACCCCCGCUGCCGGCUCUCCAGCACAGGGGCUCUGCUGCACCCCUGGCUGCAGCAGCCCCAGCCCAGCAGCACCAAGGCGCUGUCAAAGGAGAGGAUCAAGCAGUUCCUGACUCGUCGGAAAUGGCAGAAAACAGGCAAAGCCCUGCUGGCCCUCAACAGGCUGACUCUGCUGUCCCAGAGCCCAGAGAGGAAAGCAUCAGAGGCUCAGGACGAGGAAGACCUGGGCUGCAGCCCGGAGGAGGAUCAAACCUCCAUGUCUCUGCCCCAACGAGGUCCCAGCUUCUCAGAGCUGCUGAUGGGCCGAGAGGAGGAGGAAG